AUGGAUCAGGCCAAGUCUGCUACUGAGCAAACAAUGUUGUACAUACUUGUGACAGGAGCCAACAGCGGUCUCGGAUUUUCGAUCUGCUGCCGUCUUGCCGAUGAGUUCCUCUCCUCCCACCCAGAGUCCGAGUCGCUCACCAUAAUAUUUACAACUCGAAGCGCGCGCAAAGCCCAAGACACAAUCCGCAGACUAGAAGCACACCUCCGAUCAACCUCCUCUGCAUCUGACGCGGCGCGUAUCCACUUCGUCUCCGAGAGCGUCGACCUCGGCGAUCUCCGCUCAGUGCGCGAACUGUCCCGCAAAUUAGUUCACACCCUUCCCCGACUCGACUCGAUGGUCCUCAAUGCCGGGCUAGGCGGCUGGUCCGGUAUCAACUGGCCCAGGGCCAUUUGGGACGUCUGCACAGAUCUCCUUCACUCGGUAACCUGGCCGUCCUACAAGCUCGCACCGACGGGUGUGUUAACAGCAAAGCAAACAAAGACGGAAGAGGAGCCCGCACUUGGGGCAGUCUUUUGUGCAAAUGUCUUCGGGCACUAUAUGUUGGCCCAUAACGUGGCUCCACUGCUCAAGCGGGCGCGCACCAACGGGCCUGGCCGUGUUGUCUGGGUUUCCAGUCUAGAGGCGACUUGGAACUUUUUCAAAGUUGAUGAUAUCCAGGGUUUACGCACUGAUGCGCCGUAUGAGUCUUCUAAGGCUCUCACAGAUAUCCUAGCUCUGACUUCCAAUUUGCCGAGCACGGCCCCCUGGGCGGUCGAUAGCUUCUUGCAGUCCGAGACGGAGCUUGAGACCCAUGCCAUUCACACAGAUUCCCCGGACGCGACCCCGCGCAUGUAUCUCUCUCACCCUGGCAUCUGCGCCACAUCGAUCAUCCCGCUUAUUCUUCCCCUUGCGUGGGCGAUGAUUGCAGCUUUCUGGGCUGCGAGAAUGCUGGGUUCGCCUUGGCAUCCAUUAUCUACAUACCUUGGAGCUUGCGCGCCAGUGUUUCUCGCGCUGGCAUCGCAGGCUGAUAUGGAAGCUGCUGAAGAACCUUACCACCAGGCUGGUGGUGGUAGAGUAAAAUGGGGUUCAUCUUGCGGGCGUCGUGGAAUUGAAAGUGCCGUUUCUACUGAGGUCGACGGCUGGGGACAUGGCGGUGUUAUCGGCACGCCUGUUGUUGAGGCAGAUCGGCUACGACGUCGUAAGCGUGGCGCAGAAGAUCUUACCAAAGACAAGAGGGAAGAGUUUGAAGAACUUGGACGCCAGUGCUGGAAGCAAAUGGAAGAAUUGAGAAUUCAGUGGGAUGAGAUCCUGGAUCAAGCUGAGGCACGUUCCUAG